CCUCAAACAACUCCCUCUCUCCCCUCUAAAUAUCUUGAUCUAUAAAAGAGGCUUUCUUGUCUCUCACAUUCCUCAUGAGUAUUAGCAUUACCACCUUAACCAAUAUCAUACAGAACAAAGGCUUAGUAGAGAUAUGGAGGCCCUCAACAACAUGUUUGCCAAUUCUCGGUGCUCUUUCGUUCUCUUUGGUCUGUUUGUUCUCUUUGCUUCAGCAAUGACGUCCUUGGCACACGCCAAAACUCAGCAGCAUGAAUUUGUUAUUCAAGCCACACCAGUGAAGAGGCUGUGCAAAACCCAUAAGAGCAUCACAGUGAAUGGGCAAUAUCCAGGUCCAACCUUGGAAGUCAAUAAUGGUGACACUUUGAUUGUUAAAGUCACUAACAAAGCUCGCUACAACGUCACCAUUCACUGGCAUGGGAUUCGGCAAAUGAGGACAGGAUGGGCAGACGGGCCAGAAUUCGUGACCCAAUGCCCGAUUCGGCCAGGAGGAAGUUACACCUAUCGUUUCACUAUACAAGGACAGGAAGGGACAUUGUGGUGGCACGCUCAUAGCUCAUGGCUUAGAGCCACCGUCUAUGGAGCUCUUAUUAUUCGUCCUAAAGAAGGAGAUUCCUAUCCAUUCACUAAGCCAAAGCGUGAAACACCCAUUCUUCUUGGUGAAUGGUGGGACGCAAACCCCAUCGAUGUUGUGAGAGAGGCAACUCGAACAGGAGGAGCUCCAAACGUGUCGGAUGCGUACACCAUUAACGGCCAACCUGGUGAUCUUUACAAUUGCUCCAACCAAGACACUUACAUAGUCCCAAUAGACUCCGGCGAGACCAACCUCCUCCGAGUCAUCAAUGCCGCCCUGAACCAACCGCUGUUCUUCACAGUUGCCAACCACAAGCUGACAGUUGUGGGUGCGGAUGCCUCCUACACCAAACCAUUCACCACAUCUGUCCUCAUGCUAGGCCCCGGCCAGACUACCGAUGUUUUGAUCAAUGGUGACCAGCCUCCAGCUCGAUACUACUUGGCAGCUCGUGCCUAUGCCAGUGCCCCAAAUGCACCAUUCGACAACACCACCACCACCGCCAUUCUUGAGUACAAGUCUGCUCCUUGCGCUGCCAAAAAUUGUGCUGCAAGCAAACCCGUCAUGCCCCCUCUACCGGCUUUCAAUGACACAGCCACUGUUACUGCCUUCAGUAAAAGCUUCAGAAGUCCCAGGAAAGUGGAAGUCCCCACUCAAAUCGAUGAGAACCUCUUCUUCACAAUCGGUUUAGGCCUCAACAAAUGCCCGAAGAAUUUCGGAUCGUCGAGGUGUCAGGGCCCCAAUGGAACGCGCUUCACUGCGAGCAUGAACAAUGCGUCUUUUGUGCUCCCAUCCAACAUCUCCAUUCUGCAAGCUUAUCAGCAAGGAAUACCUGGAGUUUUUACAUCUGAUUUUCCAGCAAACCCACCACUAAAAUUUGAUUAUACAGGCAAUGUCAGCCGCUCACUCUGGCAACCUGUUCCGGGGACUAAGGGGUACAAGUUGAAGUUCGGGUCAAGGGUCCAGGUCGUGCUGCAAGACACCAGUAUCUUCACCCCAGAGAACCACCCAAUUCAUCUUCACGGAUACGAUUUCUACAUCAUUGCGGAGGGUUUUGGAAAUUUCAAUUCCAAUACUGAUACAGCCAAAUUUAACCUUGUUGAUCCACCUCUUAGGAACACAGUGGCAGUACCUGUGAAUGGAUGGGCCGUCAUCAGGUUUGUCGCAGAUAAUCCAGGUGCCUGGAUAAUGCACUGUCACUUGGAUGUUCACAUCAACUGGGGCUUGGCUAUGGUGUUCCUGGUAGACAACGGAGUUGGAGAAUUGCAGUCUAUAGAGCCGCCUCCGACGGAUCUGCCACUUUGUUAAGAUCAUCUACAGAAAUUCUACAAUAUUCAUAAACCCAGUAACAGGGGUUUCUAUUCUUCAAAUAUUAGUAUACGAUCUCUCUGUUGUUUUCCCUGCAUUUAGGGGGACCCAGUUCUUGCUUUGUUUCAUUGUUCUUUCUUUCAGAUAGAUAAAGUGGGUUUAGAUGUGAUGGUGAAGUGGUAGCAACACUACCAAUGUACCAUCAAAUUGAGCCUU